AUUUCAUAAUUUUCCAUUAACAAAAGAAUCAAAGACUUUUUGUCUUUUCCAUUUUAAUUUUUCAGUUCUAUUUGCUCGAUUGAUGCUUUUUCUGAGGGUUCAACAAUGAUUCCUGUUCUUGUAAUUAAAUUGAAAAGAAGAGUUUCGCCAUGAAAAUCAAAUUUAAUUGGUAAAAGAAGCUCAAAUUUAAGAUCAUUAAACACCGGUUUGCUAAGAAGGAUCAAAAUCCCAAAAUCAUACGCAAAAGAGCCUUCAUAUCAAGGCGCGCCGAGAAGCACUUCUACCGCGGGAAGGACGGAGACCAGUCACCCUGCUCUGAACGUAGUUCUCGGUUUGCAGGACGAUGUUGGGGUCAAGAGGACUCGUUGGUGACAAAUGGUCCUCGAGGAUCCUCUGGUUCUGUGCCCUUGGGAGCGCAGUAGGAUUUUACAUGGUUGCUCUAGAGAGACGGGCACAGAACAUGGAGCGAGCCAUGGCUGAAUACUCCAAAGAAUUGGAGUCUGGUGGGCAGCAAUCGUCGGGAGGGGACGUAUAAGACGAGAUAUUUCCGAAUUGCCGGAGUCAGAUUUCUUAUGAUUUUUCUGUGUCUUCUGUUAUCUUGAGUUUCCUGAAGAACCAUGAAUAAUGAGAAUCUUCUGUUCCGCUUGAGAUGCAAAACAUGGGUGUUUCUCUUUUUCAGUCUACUACCUCCUCCUUGAACGUAAUGAAGACUAGGACAGGCAAUUUUCGACUUCAUUUUUUGUUUUUUCUUCAUCACAACCAUUUUUGGCAACUUUUGUAGUUGGGUGGUCUGUUGUGAAUGUCUUCCGGAGGUGUUUAUUUUGUGCAUGUCCUGGAACUUUUUUUUCCCAUUAAGCUUUAAUAUGAAUCAAUUUGUUGUGUUUGGCUUCCA